AUGACUAUAUUAUUUUAUCAAAUGGGUGACGAAAAUAGGCCAACAAAAUGAAUAAAGUUUGACCCUGUGAAUAAUGAACGUAAAGUUUAUUUGUGGACGGAGGGAGUAUAUAUAUAGGCCUAGGAUAAGAAAGAAAUAGAUAGAGCCAUAGCUAGGAAACCAAACAAGCUAAGGGGUAAUUAAGGAAGGAAUAAUAAGAAUGGGAGGGCAACGCUUGUUUGGUUCGUCCUCGUCGUCGUCGUCGUCUUUCCUGCUACUGAUAUUAGCGGCGGGAUGCCUCAACAUUGGCCUCGCAUCCGGCGGCCGGACGGUGAGAACAACGGCGGAGAACAGUGGAGAAGAUGAAACGAUAAUGAGUAGCCGCCUUCUCCUCCGCCGCAGGAAUCUUAUCGCCAACGGACUUGGUGCCACUCCUCAAAUGGGAUGGAGUAGCUGGAACCACUUCGCCUGCAACAUCGACGAAGAUUUAUUCCGACAAAGUGCCGAUGCAAUGGUAUCCACCGGACUUGCUGCUCUUGGUUAUCAAUAUGUCAAUUUAGAUGACUGUUGGGCCGAACUAAAUAGAGACUCUAAGGGGAAUUUAGUUGCGAAGGCUUCGACGUUUCCAUCGGGAAUGAAAGCGCUCGCGGAUUACGUUCAUAGUAAAGGAUUGAAGCUUGGUAUUUACUCUAGUGCUGGGAACAUGACGUGCAGCAAUCGUAUGCCCGGGUCACUCUGGUACGAGGACCAAGAUGCAAAAACUUUUGCAUCUUGGGAAAUCGAUUAUUUGAAAUAUGACAAUUGUAACAACCAGAACAUCAGUCCUAAAAAGAGGUAUCCUAAAAUGAGCAAAGCGCUACGAAAGUCGGGAAGGGCCAUCUUUUAUUCUCUAUGCGAAUGGGGUGACCAAGAUCCUGCCACUUGGGCACGAUCUGUAGGCAAUAGUUGGAGAACCACCGGAGAUAUUCAAGACACUUGGGAAAGCAUGACGACUCUGGCCGAUCUGAAUGAUAAAUGGGCAGCCUAUGCCGGUCCUGGAGGAUGGAAUGAUCCAGACAUGUUGGAGGUUGGAAAUGGAGGCAUGACUACUGAAGAAUAUCGCUCUCAUUUCAGCAUUUGGGCUUUAGCCAAAGCCCCUUUGGUGAUUGGUUGUGAUGUUAGGUCAAUAGACAACACCACCUUUGACAUCUUAAGCAAUAAGGAGGUCAUUGCUGUGAAUCAAGAUCCUCUCGGUGUUCAAGGGAAAAAAGUAAAGAAGGAUGGCGAUCUGGAGGUUUGGGCAGGUCCCCUGAGCAAGAAGAGGACAGCGGUGGUUCUAUGGAAUAGAGGAGGAGGAGAGGCAACCAUUACUGCUUACUGGUCGGACUUAGGCCUCAAACCGUCCACCGUUGUCAAUGCCCGAGAUCUAUGGGCUCAUUCAACUCAGAAAAAGGUGAAAGGGAAGAUCUCUGCUAGUGUCGCCUCCCAUGGCUGCAAGUUUUAUGUCCUCACUCCAAACUGAAACCCGCCCAAUUUAAUGGCACCACCAGAAGAGGCUAGGGUUCCCACAUUGCACCGUUAUUUUUUAUAAACAUUACAUGUUGGA